AUGACUGCUAGCAUCCUCUUUAGAGGUAUUUGGCCCACUCAGAGCUCACGUCUUUUCCAAGUCACCACGUCGGUGUGGACCAUCCACUUAGCGUUGGUUGCCUGGAGGGCCUUGACACGAGAAGGAGUAGCCCAGAGGCAACUGGACGUGAACCCGUCUCGCAGGAUCAUCACGGUUUCUAUUGAGCUCCUCCUCCAGAGUCUCUACUAUGCUGCAGUGGACUCCCGUAUUACUAUGGCGGAGAGCUUCUUCGACCGUGCCCAUCUAGAGAGAUCGGGGCAUUUGAAGAGACGAGCUUUCGGUGGGUGGAAGGCCGAAGCACUUCUCCUGGGUGUGCAGCAGAGAGAGGUAGCUCUCUGA